AUGAGUGAUAAUCGGGGUCGUGGACGAGGCGACCGUGGACGCGGUAGGGAUCGUGGCCGUGGUGAUCGUAGCCGUGGGGCAGGAGACCGAGGCUACGGGCAAGGUCGUGGUGAAAUGCGCUUCCGCCCAGAGAGGCGAGGGAAUAGCAACCGUGGAGGCUUCCGGGGUGAUUUCCGCGGCCGAGGCGGUGAUAGAGGUGGUGCUUUUCUCGGUAGAGGAGACUUCCGAUGUGGUCGUAGAUGCGACCGCGGUGAUAUAAACAACUAUGGCCCUCCUAUCUUCAGACAAGGCGGGACUAUCCCCGUACCCAGUCAUGACGUGACCAAGACGGAAAAUGAUCUCGCCAAAGACCUUGCGAUGGGCGGCCAGAAGGCGCCCAGACAGGCCAAAUACCCCGAACGGCCUGGCUACGGCACAGCUGGCAGACCGGUGACUUUGUACGCCAACUAUCUGCCGCUGAGCCUUCCGAACAAGCAACUGUUCCGCUACCACAUCUCGAUUGCAGCCGAUUCUGCAGGCCGCUCAGCUCCCGUGGGGAAAAAAGCCCGACAAAUUGUUCGCCUGCUCUUAGAGGAGCACUUCCCGCAUGAGAAGAAGAGUAUUGCAUCGGACUUCCGCUCUACUCUCGUCUCCUAUGUCAAGUUGACUGAAGGCAAUUUCGAUGUGCGGUAUAAAGAAGACCUCGAGAAUGACUACCCCGAAACUCCCCGGGUUCACAGCGUCACCAUCCAGUACACUGGUGAUAUCAACCCGGCCGACUUGAUGAAUUACCUGCGCUCCACAAAUGCCGGUGCCAUGCUUGAGUACAAGGAAGAGAUUGUCGCUGCUCUCAACGUGAUCAUUGGGCACCACCCCAAGACGGACGACGGUGUCGUCUCGGUCGGUGCCAACAGACACUACAGUAUUCGCCAGGAUACCAUGGAAUCGUUCAACCUCGGCGGUGGUCUUUCCGUCCUACGUGGAUACUUUGUCAGUGCCCGUGCCGCGACUGCUCGUGUUCUAUUGAACAUGCAGAUCAAGUACAUCGCUUGCUACAGUGAAGGUCCUCUAGCCAAUAUGAUCCAAGGCUACGGCAACAGGAAUACCUAUUACUUAGAAAAGUUCCUUAAGAACCUACGUGUUCGUAUUACGCACAUCGCACGCAAGAACAGCCGCGGCCAGCCCCGCCCUCGUAUCAAGCCUAUAUAUGGCUUGGCCAACCGCGGUGAUGGUGCCUCGUCGGCCAACCCACCUAAGGUCACCCGCCACGGCGCUGGCCCCAACGAUGUAGAGUUCUUUAUUAAUGAGUCUAGCCCUCAGCGUGUUUCCGUCCCCGGUGCACCUGAGCCCAAGGAUAAGAAGGGGAAGAAAGCACCGAGGCUCGGUCCUGCAGAGGCUGGACGCUACACCACCGUGGCGGCCUUCUUCAAGAGGGAGUACAACAUGUCGUUAGAUCCAAACCUGCCUGUGGUUAACGUUGGAUCGCAUGACAGACCUAUCUAUCUUCCCUGUGAGGUCUGCGUGGUCGAGCCUGGUCAGCCAGCCAAAUCGAAGCUAUCCGGCGAUCAGAUUGCUUCAAUGCGUAAGUUCGCCGUGACGGGCCGAAAGCCCGGUCAAAAUGCCCAAUCGAUCGUCAGCAAUGGUUUGGGCGUGUUGGGACUAGGGCAGCCAUUGAAUGCUACGCUUUCCGCUUUCGGUAUCAACUCUUCCACCGACCUAAUCACGCUUCCUGGACGCGUUCUCCCAGCCCCCAAAGUCUACUACAAAGACGGGAACAGGACCAAGGAAAUCAGGACCAACGCUGGCAGCUGGAACAUGUGCCACAUCCAGUUCUCUAAGCCCUCAGUCAUGAAGUCCUGGACUUACCUCUACAUUGACCAACAGGGAUCGCGGCCGAUUUUCCAUAACCCCGAUCAACUCAACGCGUCCCUGCAGGGCUUCCGCAAGACCCUCAGAGACAUGGGCAUGUCAGUCAAUCCCCACAAGGUCGGCAAGCGAGUCAUUCUCACCGGCAAGAACGACGCCGCCGACAUAAAUGCAGCCGUCCUCGAAUUGCGAAAGCAGCACAACCCGGAUCUCAUCCUGGGAAUUUUCUGUACCAAAGACACUACCAUCUACAACUGCGUCAAGCAAGUUUGCGACGUGCGCUGCGGCAUCCGCAACGUCAACGUCCUAGCCGAGAAACUCGUCAACCCAAACGACCAGUACAAUGCCAACGUCGGCCUGAAAAUCAACCUCAAACUCGGCGGCGCCAACCAAGCCCUCCGCACCGCUGACCUGGGCAUCAUCUCCGAAGGAAAAACAAUGCUCGUCGGAAUAGACGUCACCCACCCAUCCCCCGGCUCCGCCAGCUCCGCCCCCUCUGUCGCCGGCAUUGUCGCUUCAGUCGACUCAACCCUCGCCCAAUGGCCCGCCGAGAUCCGCGUCCAAGUUGCCCGCCAGGAAAUGGUCGCGGACCUGGAAAUCCUCCUCGUCAGCCGCCUCCUGCACUGGCGCAAUCUGAACAAGAACCUCCCCGAGAAUAUCAUCGUCUACCGCGACGGCGUCUCAGAGGGCCAGUACAACAAAGUCAUCGACCAGGAACUGCCCCUCCUUCAGGCAGCCUGCAGGAAGACCUACCCAGCCGACCAAAGCAAGAAGGGCCUCCCCCGCCUCGCCAUCAUCGUCGUCGGGAAGCGCCACAAUACCCGCUUUUACCCAACCACCGAGCAGGACUCCAACCGUGAUAACCCCAUCCCUGGCACUGUCGUCGACCGCGGCGUCUCGGAGGCCCGCCACUGGGACUUUUUCUUGCAGGCUCACUCCACCCUCCAGGGUACCGCUCGUCCGGCGCACUACUUCACCAUUUGGGAUGAGAUCUUCUACCCGCGGCAUCCCGCUAUCUCGGGCGGUCUUGGCGCGGCGGAUGCCCUGCAAGGCCUUACGCAUAAGAUCUGUUACAUGUUCGGUCGUGCUACGAAGGCUGUUAGCGUGUGUCCGCCUGCGUACUAUGCUGAUCUAGUGUGUACCCGUGCGCGAUGCUUCCUGUUUGAUCUCUUCGAUCCCGUGUCGAUUGACUCCAAUGGCAAUACAAAUGGGACUGACAGCACGGUGAAUAUGUCGCGCACUGCAGAUGUGGUUAUCCAUCCUAAAAUUGCGGAGACAAUGUUCUACAUUUAA